AUGGACAUACAAUGGAAAAAGCAAAUAACCAAAUCCUUCUCGUUGGUUGGCCUUUCAACAAAAGCUGAUGCAAUGAAACUCAUAAUAAAUAAAAUUAAAAGUGAAGGACACGAAACAAAUAUUGCCCUCUUAAUAGAUGAAAUUUUAAAGCAUUUAGAUAAAAACCAAUUAAAUAAUAAUAUUAUCGAUCAAAUUGCAAUAGAAAAAUGUUUUAAAUUAAUUGAAUCACUAAAUAGCUCCGAUGCAAUUGAAAAAGAUGCACUUAAAGUCAUUGAUGCAUUUGACUCACCAUUAUUUACCUAUGAUACCAAUACAAAACAAUUUUUAAAAUGUGAAAAUUUUGAAAAAUCAUUGCAUGGAUCUUCAAAAUCGAAAUCAGAUGUAUAUAGAAGGAGAUAUCAGAUGGUAUUACAAAGAAUCGAGAGAGCUGAAUCAUUUUCAGCACCAGUUUUACAAUCAGAUAAAAAUAAAGGCGAUUAUCAAGCCAUUACACCACUCAGCUCAUUAUUAGGCAGUUAUGGAAGAAAACACAUUUUAGGUACAAUUUCUGUAAUUGAAGAAGAUCAAUUCUAUAUAGAAGAUUUAAAUACCAAAGUUAAAAUCGAAAUUCCACCUGAUAUUGAAAUUGGGUUAAUUACAAUUAAUACCAUAAUAAGAGCAUCAGGCGAAUAUUUAGAGGGCACAUUUAUUGCUGAUAAAAUUGAACUACCACCAAAAGAAGAAAGAGAAAUUUCAUUAAAACUAUUACAAAACAUUGAUAUGUUUGGUGAAAGACCACAAAAAAAAACAUUAGAGCAAUUAGAAAGGUACGAAAAAGAAGUUGAUAAUACAAUUUUAUUCCUUUCUGAUAUUUGGUUAGAUUCUGAAAGAGUUAGAGAAAGAUUAGAUUAUCUAUUUUCUGGGUAUGAAGAGUAUCCACCAUUCGCAAUCGUCUUGAUGGGUAAUUUUACCGAACACCCCUUGAUCAAUGGUACCCAAUAUGACCUAAAAAAGAAUUUUAAUCUAUUAGCAACUUUAAUUUUGAAGUAUCCAAAUAUUCACAAAUUUACUCAAUUUAUUUUUGUACCUGGACCAACCGAUCCAACUGGUUCACUACUAAAUAUUUUACCAAAAUUACCAAUUCCAAAUGUAUUUGUAAAAGAGUUUCAAUCUAAAAUUCCAAAAUCAAUUUUUACCACCAACCCAUGUAGAAUAAGAUAUUGCACACAAGAAAUUAUAAUAUUUAGAGAUGAUUUAACAAAUAAAAUGAGAAGACAUUGUAUUAUACAACCAUCAAAUAAUUGCCACAUUUCACAACACUUAUUAGAAUCAAUAUGGAGCAACUCACAUUUAUGCAAUUUAACAUUAGAAGAUAAACCAAUAUAUUGGAACUAUGAUCAUUCAAUGUCAUUAUAUCCAUUACCAGACCUUUUAGUUAUAGGCGAUAAAGCAUUACAAUAUGAACAUUCAUAUUGUGGCACAUUGUCAAUGAACCCUAGUUCAUUCUCUACAGAUUAUUCCUUCAUCAGCUAUUCAACUGCCAGAAGAGAAUGUGGUUUUUCAAAAUGCGAUCCAAAUAAUAUCAAUAACGAAAGUGAUGAAGAUGAUGGCGAAAUGGAAGAAGAAAAUAAAGAUGAAAUGAUUAUUGACGAAAAUGAAGAAAGACUUAAAUCAAACAAAUCAAAAAAAAUCAAAAAUGCUCAACCAGAAAUAAAUAGUCUUGAAGAUGACUACGAAGCAAUUGAUCAAUUGGAAAACGAAGAAUUAAUUCAAGAGGAAAACGAAGACGAUAUUGUUGCUAAUUCUGACAAUGAGACAUCGUCAAAACCCUUUGAUGCCAAUAAUAAUAUUGAUAGUAGCGACGAUGAAGGUAUAGAAAGUCCUCUCGUGGAAUCUAACCAUGAUGAUUUUUUUUAA